UGUGACGUGAAUUGUGAAUGCGAGUGCAUGCGGGGAUCUCAAAGAGUACAAAGAGUUGCGCACUUGAAGACGGGAGACGCCGUCGCAACUUCGAAAAUGAUGGGAGUCUUGCCAGUCCUACUGCUGGGUGUGGCUCUGGGCCAAGCAGUCUUGCUGACUGACAUGUAUGGCACCCUCCACUCCCCCAACUUCCCAGAAUCCUAUCCUAAAGAAGCGGAGGCCACGUGGAAUAUCAGUGUCCCCAGCGGAUUCCAGAUCAAACUUUAUUUCAUACACUUUGACUUAGAGCCCUCCUACCUCUGUGAGUACGACUUUGUGAAGGUGGACGCAGAGCAAGAAGUGCUGGCCACGUUCUGUGGGAGGGAGGACACCGACACGGAGCAGGUCCCUGGGGACCAGGUCAUCAUGUCUCCCAGGAAUGUGCUUAGUGUCACCUUCAGGUCGGACUUCUCCAACGAGGAGCGAUUCUCUGGCUUUGAAGCACAUUACAGUGCUGUGGAUGUAGAUGAGUGUCGAGACAGGAAUGAUGAGGAUCUGGCCUGUGACCACUACUGCCAUAACUAUAUCGGUGGCUACUACUGCUCCUGUCGCUAUGGCUACCUGUUGCACUCUGACAAUAGGACCUGUAGAGUGGAGUGCAGUGACAGCGUCUUCACAGAGAGGACGGGGGUUCUCACCAGCUCAGACUUCCCCAGCCCAUACCCUAAGAGCUCUGACUGUCUCUACCGCAUCGAACUGGAGGAGGGCUUCCUGCUCGACCUGGAGUUUGAUGACACCUUUGACAUUGAGGACCAUCCUGAAGUCACCUGUCCCUAUGACUACAUAAAGAUCCAGGCGGGGGAGAGGGAGUUUGGCCCACUGUGUGGUGACCGUUCCCCAGGCCGCAUCCACACCGGAAGCAACAGCAUCCAGAUUCUUUUCCACAGUGACAAUUCGGGUGAAAACAUUGGCUGGAGACUGUCUUAUACAGCUGUGGGAAGUCAGUGCCCGGUGCUACAACCCCCAGUGGAUGGCCAGCUGGAGCCCCUUCUCCCACAGUACUCCUUUAAAGACCAUGUCUUAGUCACCUGCGAUGAGGGAUACAAAGUGUUCAAAGAUGAUGAAGAAAUGGAACACUAUCAAAUUGUGUGUCAAAAAGAUGGUUCCUGGAGCAGCAAAGUGCCGACUUGUAAAAUCGUGGAUUGCGGAGUCCCAGGGGCCAUCGAGAUGGGAGUGGUAACCUUUGAGAGCCCCAGAAAUAGCACCUGGCUUGGGUCAAAGAUCCAGUACUCCUGCAAGGACCCACAGUACCAUAUCUAUCCCGGCAUGAAUAGUACCUACACCUGCAUGAUAACAGGGGCCUGGACCAAUGAGGAGCUUGGUACCAGACUGCCCUCCUGUCAGCCAGCGUGUGGAAAGCCAGGACAGGCGUUGCCGGCUCUGCUGAAGCGGAUUGUGGGUGGGCGGAGUGCCAUCCCUGGUCUGUUCCCCUGGCAGGCACUGCUCAUGGUGGAGGACGUGUCUCGGGUCCCAGAGGGCCGCUGGUUCGGCAGCGGGGCGCUGCUGUCUGAGACUUGGGUCCUGACUGCCGCCCACGUGCUGCGCUCUCACCGCCGCGAUGCUAGCGUCGUCCCCGUGUCCCCCGAGCAUAUUCGCGUGUACCUCGGUCUCCAUGACGUCCGCAGCAAACACCUGGCUUUAAACCGCUCUGUGGAGAGAGUGGUCUUGCACCCACAGUUCGACCCCCGCAACUACAACAAUGACAUUGCUCUGGUGAAGCUGAGUCAGCAUGUCCCCCUCGGCCAGCUGGUCAUGCCCGUGUGCCUGCCCCCACCCGACCAGGACAGCUCCAGCCCGCAGCCCAACACGCUGGGGCUGGUCGCAGGCUGGGGUAUCUCUAAUCCCAAUGUGUCCAUGGACGAUGCCGUGACCUCCGACCUCGGCGAGCUGUCCGACGUCCUCCAGUAUGUGAAGCUCCCGGUUGUGGAGCAAGAGGAGUGUCAGUCCAGCUAUGCCUCUCGUUCCCGCAACUACAACAUCACAGAGAACAUGUUCUGCGCGGGCUUCUACGAGGGGGGGCGUGACACGUGCCUGGGGGACAGUGGGGGGGCCUUUGUGAUGGAAGACCCUCUCACAGGCAGAUGGGUGGCCCAGGGACUAGUAUCCUGGGGGGGUCCAGAAAAAUGCGGCAGCCAACGUGUUUACGGUGUAUACACUAAAGUGUCCAACUUCACCCCGUGGCUACAGAACUAUCUGUACCCAGGCAGCCAGCGGUGAGAGUUCCAGAAACCUCUGAUAAUCAUCUACUCUCACUGUCUCGCUGCACUCCAACCCCCAUGGUGCUCUGCUCUCACUAUCCCACUGCACUCCAACCCCCAUGGUGCUCUGCUCUCACUAUCCCACUGCACUCCAACCCCCAUGGUGCUCUGUUCUAACUGUUCCACUGCACUCCAACCCCCACAGUGCUCUACUCUCACUGUCUCUCUGCACUCUAACCCCCAUAGUGCUCUGCUCUCACCGUUCCACUGCACUCCAACCCCCAUAGUGCGCUUCUCUCACUAUCCCACUGCACUUUAACCCUCAUAGCACUCUGAUGUCACUUCCUACUGCACUCCAUCCCUCACAGUACACUAAUUCUUCUAUUUAUUCUCUUUCUUUCACAUUUUUUACUCUCUUAACCCCUGCCAUAGCAGACUAUCCUCCCACAAUCCCCUCAAUACCCUUUCACCAUAUCCCCACUGAUCAGUCAUAGUUCCUCCCUCAUUACACUCCAACUCAUACCAGACCAUGCUGCUUACUCCCACAACAUUUUCAUACUCCUCCCACAUUUUCAUGUAACUCUGCCCUCUCCUGAAUCACAUAUUCCUGUUGCACUGCCCAGAGUUUGAGGCUUUAAGUUACUGCAGACCUCUGAAGGAUGUUAGCAGGCAUUUGUGUAAUCUCAGUUAAUAUUUGUGUUUGGUGCUUUUGAAUUUGUCAUUUGUUUGUUUGUUUUAAUGAGCUCAUUUGUAUCUUGGUGACUAUCAUUUUGUGCAUGAAUAAAUGUCCAUUGUUUGUUAUUGCAAUAUAAAUUGGUGCAUUUUUUUUACAUAAAGCUGUUCUGGUUUUGCGGAGGAACAGGAGAGAUGCUCAGGGAGGGUAUUUCACAGAUAAACUCACAGAGCUUCACUGUAAAUCCUAUAUACAGUGAAAAUGCUGUUAUUUCAGUGACCUCAUGGUCACACCAAGGAAGGAGAAUGGCAGCCAGGAUCCAGUAUGGCUAGUCACAUGACGUGACCAUUUCAGAAACCAACCACAAGAUUUUAAACAGUGCUUUACAUGUGUGGCUGAUAUUUGUUCAGGGAGAAAAUGAUAAUCUGGGGAUGUCCGUAAUACUUAAGGAAUGUGGGCUAAUGAGGCUCCCAGAGCUAACGACUAUGCCGAAGCUUACAAGGCAGCUGGAACUCAGGACACUACAGAGGGAAAAUGAUUGGCAAUGACGUGUUUGAUUUUCAUCAUGUUGUACAGACGACUGUUUAUUAUUAUAACUAUUGCUAUAAACCUUUAAUACUUGUCAUGUAAUGCCAUAUUUAUCAAUCCAUUUUCAUUAAAAUUAUCUUAA